AUGGAGUCACCAUCCGAGGACAAAAGGGAAACUCAUGUCAUCACCAUACAGCCAAAGGAUACCAUAUUGACUGCAUUGCCCUAUAGACCUCAUAGCUCUUUGCUGGAGUUCCUGAAGGGGGAGCCAAAAGUCUUGGGGGCUCUUCAGAUCCUGCUUGGUCUGUUCAUUUUGGGCCUUGGAAUUAUAUUUGUUUUUAGUUACAUCGUUUUCUCCCAAAAUUUCUCCCUCUUUUUCCUUGCAGGAUAUCCAUUCUGGGGACCAUUUAUUUUUAUUCUUACAGGAUACCUCACAGGAAUAGAUGAUAAACCAAAAAAAAUUCUGGAACAAGGUAUCAUGGCCAUGAAUAUUAUCAGUUCAUUCGUUGCGAUAGCUGGGAUUACACUCACCUUUAUCAGCUACAAAUAUCAAUAUAAGUACUGCCAGAACCCUUCCCUGGAAGACAUAUGUGUUCUUUGGAGAACGUUUUUCAUUGGAAUUUUGUCAAUCUUACUGAUCAUCAGUAUAGCAGAACUCAGCAUCUCUGUGACUAUUGCAUCCUUUAGAAGCAAGUGUUGGACACAUACAGAUGAGGUUGUGUUUUUCUUGCCUACAGAUGUUGUUCCAGGUAAUGAACCACAUGGCCUAGGAGAAGAUGCUCCAUUACAAUUUGAGCUGCAAGAAGAAUCCUGUAGUGAUGACACAACAACAACACGCAUACAAACGGUCUUCUUUGGAGGCUAUGCUUUCUUCAAGUUAAGAGUUACAAGAAGUCCUUUAGCCUCCCAACUCAGGUUACAACCUGGCAGGCAUAGUUACCAGCCACCCUCUGCACCUGUGCCAAAAAAACAACAAAAAAGUUUCCCUUCACUUUUCCAAUCUACAGAGGGAAAUCCUUUGUCUCCACCAACGUUAGAAAAACAGCACUCAAAAAAUAUAACGCACACUCAGAAAGACUCUAUAUUUGAACUAAAAGAUAAAGACCUGGAAUCUGCUAUCGUUCAACCCCCCAAGAUCCAGACCCAACUGGUGCAAGAUAAAGACUUACCACUCCAACUUUUGCCAUCCUAUUCUGUAUUGAAACUCCAAAAAUUAUCACCUGAAGACUUGCCACCUCAAGGUCUGCCAGGACAAGCCUGGUCAAGUCAAAACCUUCCAGCAAAAGCCAUGACAUCUAAAACCCCAGCACCCCAUGUUAUGCAGUCUUAUGAUCUAACAAACAAAGAUCUGCCCUUUCAAGACAUAUUAUCCCAGGACACCCCUUCGGGAUCCCAAAACAUACCAUCUCAAGACUUUUCUUCUCAAGAUACGCUAUCCCACACUCUGUCAAAAGCUAUACUAUCUGAAGCCUCAAUGCCCCAUAUGGUGCAGCCCUCUAAUACAAAAUACCUGCUUCAGAAAACUCCAGAUAUUCAACCUCAAAACCAGCAACUUUUACAAAAAUCAUAUAAAGACAUUCAAUCAGAAGUCAAGGAAGAGACCCAAAAAUGGAACUCUGAGGAGGAAUUCCCCAGAAAGAAAUCCUCAAGACGACAUUCCUUAGACUACCUUAUCAAAGUCUGGAAAUCCUCAAAGAAGAAUUCCUUAGACAAGUCAAGCAAAAGCUGUCAAUCCUCAAAGAGGAAUUUUUUAUACAAGCCAAGCAAAAGCUGGCAAUCCUCAAAGAAGAAUUCCUUAGACAAGCCGAGCAAAAGCUGGCAAUCCCCAAAGAGGAAUUCUUUAGACAAGCCAAUUCAGCAUCAUCACACUCCACAGCAACUCCCAGAUCAGCAGGCUGAAGUCCAGCAGGCCAAAGGGGAACGAUCCCCAAAGGGAAUAUUCAAAGAUGGGCAAGAUAUGGACCAGCGGGCUGAGAAAGAGCAAGGCCCAGAGGAACAAACCCAUGAUCAAGAAGCUGAUGACCAGCAGUCACCAAAGGAAAAAUCCUCAAAGGGACAAUCCCCAUGUGCUCCCAUCAAAGGACAGCAAAGUCAAGCAGAGAAAGCUCCAAAUCAGCUGUGCCAGAACUGGGGAUCUCAAACUCAGAAAUACCGAGGCUGGCGAUCCACAAACAAACAAUCUUCAGACCAUUCAAUUCAAGAUUUACAAUUUUUCAGCCCACUGCAAUCUCAAGAAUCGGGAACUCAAAGUUGGAGAAGCAGAGAUCAGAUAGGAUGUCAAUGUGAAAUGCAGCAUUCUCUAAACUGGGGAUCUCAAGCCUGCCAAGCCCAAAGUCCAUCAGAUAAAAAAGCCCUAAGGCAGAAAACUGUAGACCAAGAAACCCAGACCCAGCAUACCACAGCCCAAUAUAACCUAGGUUGGCACUUACAAAACACAAAAAGCACAGGCCAAUUUUCAAAGGAGCUGCAGUCAGAAGACACAAAACCAGAUAUUCUGUCUUCCUCUGGACAGAGUUCAGUGCAAGACACAUCUUUAGGCUAUUUCUCCAAUAUUGAAUCAGAACAAGAUAUGCAACAAAUCACUUCAGCUUGCUCCAAUUCAUACAGAGAAGAUCCGAAUGUAACUUCUGAUUCUUCUUUUGCAAAAUAUCAACAAUCUGAGGACUCGGACUAA